AUGUUUCCGAAUCGAGCCUCCGAAACUGAUCACAAGACGCUUCCACCCAUUUCAUUGCUUUCGUCGCAUCCAAUCGACUUUGCCAGGGCCGAAGCACAUGCCAGAGAUACCGACUCGGCCAGCCGGCUAAAUCAUAACGCUGACGAGCCAAACAGGGAACGAAGGCCUCCUCCAGCGUCCGGCCUUCGCAGUACUCCUCCCUCUGCUUUCCUUUCACGUCCACACCAACCACACGAGCAUGGACCUCUUCGGACCAGUGCUUUCCCACACCCCGUCGACGAAGCUUACAGACCACCGUCAAACCCAAAGUUUGUCCAAAGAGGAGGGCCACCACCCAUUCCUGGCCAUCGCGAUUUGCAACGCGGCUCUCCAACGUCAGAUCAAAGCGCUUGGCGCUCCUUCGAUCGAACAGAUUCUCGUCUCGGUUCCAAGGACGCCUACAGUCCGCACAUGUCGCACACAAGUUACGGUCACAGAGACGACUCGAGAAGAGCCUCCUGGCAACCUCCUUCAGACGAUCCACACCGACCUCAAAAGCCGGCACCUCUGCCAGCAGUGCGCGACGACGGUCAUUGGAGAACGUCUGGCCCUGCACCGCGAGACAGGCCUGACAUUCAUUCUGACGCUUACGCUCACGGCCGCGCACGAGAGGAAGAAAGGUGGCGUGACGAACGAGCAGCCAGACCCAUGUAUUCAUAUGAACAUGGUCCCGCGUUCGCUAACAUGCCGUCCUACCCACAUCCGCAGGAUGCACGAAGCGCAGUGCGGCCAUUUGAUGAUGAUGCCGCAGACGAAAGUCGCCGUGUUCGGCAACGUGCAGGCUCUGGCAUUGUCGACGAGGAGCCCAAUGUACCGAGAUAUGCUGUGCCAGGCGCACGUCCAUACGGAGCUCGACCCUACAGCCCUCCCGAGGCCAGGAGCCACAGCGCUGCACCCAUCCCACCGCCGCCGAGGGUUGGCAUGGCGGCAGGCAUGGAACCACCUCGGCCCAACACGUCCCUCGGCGUCAUACCUAGUGCGUCUUUUGCUGCAUCGGCCGUUGCCUCGCAUGUGCCUACAACGACCAAUACGGUCAACGCCAACAGGAGGGUGGCGCAUCUUCUUUCGGAGCAGAAACGUCGCGAAUCGAUCAAUACUGGAUUUGAGGAUCUUCGUCAAGCCAUUCCGGCGUGUCGAGAUGGACAGGACAGCAAAGCCACCAUCCUCAAGCGUGCGCUCGAGUACAUUCGCGAACUCGAGGAAGUGGUGGAGCGACAGCAUCGUCUACCACUCCAAGGCAACGCAGCAGGUGGAUCCAGCAACCGCAGCCCUCCAGAUGACAAGGAUGACCUCCGCCGCUUCGGUCGGCAUGGCGGGGAUGAGGAUGGACGAGGCCAUAGCAACACGAGGCAGAUGACAGGUGGUAGCACUGGUAGCAAUAGCAGCAACGAUGCCGGUACCGGUCCCAGGAUUGGCGGUCUACCCUCCAAUGCCUACGGCAGCGAUUUUCUCCUUGGACAUUCGUCAGCUGCUCCCCCGUCUCGCGCAGGAGAUCAUCGACCCUACGGCCCGCCUGACUGUCCAUCACCUAUUAUCAAUGGAGCAUCAGUCAAGGUCAGCAGAAAAGCGGUCAAUACUUCUCACGACAUCCGAAGUUCAGUCACUAAACGCUGGGCAGAUGACUCGGGUGAGGACCAACGUUCGCCAUCGCGCAGACGAGUCUCGGAUGGCGACAAGAAAGACGUGCAACCCUCACCUCGAAGUUCCAACUACAUGGUCACCCGUCACGCUCAGCAAUCUCGUUCACCCUUGGUCCGCUCCCCUUCCAUGGAGAGACCGCGUGAUUGGCACCCUCGCCUCGAGAACAAGUUGCUGUUCGACUCUGCCGUUCGCGUGUAA